AUGUCCUACCCCGACCCCGACCACAAUCACCGCCGAAGCCAGACGCGUCAAUCGAUACCGCUGCAGGACCUAAAUCGCCCGCCGGACGAGGAUGCCGCGCCCGCGCCGUACCAGCACCGCCGCACCCUGAGUGACCGAGGGCGCAACCUGCUCAGGCAGACGGGAGGCCUGGCGACGGGCCAGCAGAGGUCGCCAGAGUAUGCGCCCAUAGCUGAAGUGUCGCCAAGCCCGACGCGGCGGCCUCAGCUGGAUACGAGCGCCGCAGCUGGGCGUGGUGGAAUACGGAGGGUCGAGGACGAUGGAGCAGACUCGCCUAUAGACGCAGGCGCGUUCCAGUCCGCCAUAGGAUUUGGUAUGGACAUGAACUUCCAGGGGGACACGUCACCGCCGCUGUCGCCUAUAGUACGAACACCGGGGUCCACAAAGGAUUACAGCCCGUACAACCGCGAUCUUUAUGCGCAAAGAGGGCCGUCUGAGGACCAUGGCUACUUUGCUUCUGUGGACAUGGACGACGAUACGGCACGCUUGACAGACACCCGGCACCUGCAACCUAUUAGUGGCGCUGCAAACAACACAUCACCUGGUUCCGUAGAUCGCUCAAGCUUCCAGAGCGUGCAGUUCCUGAGCCCUGGCGGCACAUCACCAGGAGGGAGGUACAGUGGCGAUGUUGCCCAGGCGGAAAGUGCGACAGGUCUGAGUCCAGCGCGAAGCAGGGCCCGUUCGCUCUCUCCCGGCAACUUGGGGUCGCCGCUGGCUCGCGCCGGAACCAUCGUCCGGAACAUGUCUCAGCGUGUUGUCAACGUCGGCAACGACUCAGAAAUUGCUGAGCUCCAUAUUCAGAGGAAGUCCACCCUGCAUCAAUCGCACAUGCAUCGACCUCCUUCGUUGACUGCAUUGCCUACAUACAUGGCCGAUGGCCCUUCAUCACCAGGGCCAACGACCCCAAUCGAGAAACCGCCGACACCUAUUGUACGCUCUCGCAGGUCGAGUGCGCAAUGGCAUAGGCCGGCAAACCCGUUCCGUGGCAAGAGUCUGGGCAUCUUCCCUGCCGACAGUUCAAUACGGAUGAAGUUGAGCGAUGUUCUUGUGAAUCCUGUCACUGAACCAAUUCUUCUUGUCCUCAUCGUCGUACAGACUGUUCUGCUGGCUGUCGAUGCUAGGAGCAAGGCAGAAUACGAACCUGGCCAUGUUAAGGAGUUGGACAAGUUCUCGAUCAUUGACUGGGUCCUGCUUGGCUUGUUCAUCGUAUACACUAUCGAAGCCAUCAUUCGAAUCAUUGUCUCUGGAUUCAUCAUCAACCCGGUCGAGUACAGUACCAUCAACAGACAAGUGGGCCUGCGAGAGGCUGUUGUCAUCAAAGCCAACCAGUUAUUCGGUGGUCCUCAACGACAGCCAUCCCAGAGAAGAGGUGGUACCAACACCGAUUCGACCCUGGGUGGCCCUCAGCAGCCCUCGGUGCUCCGGACCUUCACGACUGCUCAGAUGCAUCCUGAUCUUGGACCGAGCGACCCACGUGAACGGCAACGUGUUCGCUUGGCACAUCGAGCUUAUUUGAGGCAUUCCUUCAACCGAACUGAUUUUGUGGCGGUAGUCUCAUUUUGGAUCGCUUUCGUAUUGGGUGCGCUCCACAUCAAGAAUACUCGGGUCAUUUUGGUAUUUCAAAUGUUGAGCUGUCUACGUAUCAUUCGACUUCUGAACCUGACAAGUGGUACUUCGGUCAUCCUGAGAAGUUUGAAGAAAGCAGCGCCCCUUUUGCUGAAUGUAGCGUUCUUGAUUGGUUUCUUCUGGUUACUGUUCGCAAUCGUUGGAGUCCAGAGUUUCAAGUCUAGUCUCCGAAGAAACUGUGUCUGGACCGACCCAGAUGACCCAACUCAAACAUUCACCAACUCAGGUCAGUUCUGUGGUGGGCAAUUAGUCAACCAAUCGGGGACCCUUGUCUCACAGGGCUAUCAAGCCGCUCCAGGAAGGCCCGCCGGUCCUGAGACGGGCAAAGGCUUCUUGUGUCCGGUGAACUCCAUUUGUGUCGAGGACGACAAUCCCUUCAACGGCACCCAAAAUUUCGACAACGUCCUGCAGUCUUUGGAGCUGGUCUUCGUCGUCAUGUCAUCGAAUACCUGGUCUGAUCUGCUCUACACCGUGGCAGAUACGGACUAUCUUGUCAGCUCUCUUUUCUUCAUCGUGGGCAUCCUUGUUCUCAGUCUGUGGCUCAUAUCGCUCCUCAUUGCCGUCAUCACCUCGACGUUUCAGAUCAUCCGUGAAGAGAGCAAGACGAGCGCUUUCACUGGCGAACAAAUCGAUGGAGACGCGGAGAAAGACCAAGCUAACCAGCGCGUCAGCAGUCUGAAGCGUAUGUACGACAAGACAUCUGGAGUAUGGGUCCUCAUCAUCUCCUUCGGUCUCGUUGCUCAGAUGAUGAAAAGCGCUAGCAUGAGCGAUUUUCGGCGCGAUUUCAUCGACGUGACCGAGAUCAUUGUCACUCUUGUGCUACUUGUAGAGAUUAUCGUUCGGUUCAUCGUAGACUGGCGGCAUUUCUUCAGGAGCAGGCGCAACAUCGCUGAUUUCAUGAUUGCAAUCAUCACCACCGUCAUUCAGAUCCCGGCGGUUAAGGAAGCUCAUGACGGGCGAGCCUAUGCAUGGCUGAGCAUUUUUCAGAUCAUGCGAGUCUACCGCGUUGUCCUGGCUGUUCCCGUCACGCGAGAUCUCAUUCUCUUUCGAGGCGAAAUACCCGAGGAAGCUGACGGCGAAACGAUUCGGGUACCAUUCAACGACAUCUGGAACUCGUUCAUCGGUAUGUACAUCAUCUUCUCCAGUGAAAACUGGACAGAGAUCAUGUACACCGUGACGGGCUACCAGAAGGAUUUCGGUACCGCCUGGAUCGGAGCCUCGUUCUGCAUUCUCUGGUUCAUCUUCGCCAAUUUCAUCGUCUUGAAUAUGUUCAUUGCUGUCAUUCAAGAAAAUUUUGAUGUAUCGGAAGACGAGAAACGACUUCAGCAGGUCAAGGCCUUCCUCCAACAGAAAGAGGACGGGCUGAAUUCGUCAUACGGCAACUUGUCGCUUUCGUCCAUAUUCAAGCUCGGCCACGCCAAUCGCAGGGAUCCGCUUGAUUACGGCUCUGCCGCAGCUGAGAUGCUACUCAAGGAUGCUGUCGUGCGCGACUUCCUUGACGAAGGCGAUGAGGCUGCAUCGCCCCACGAAGAGGAACCUCGACCCGGCAUUCGCCCAUCGAAGACGAUUGUUGGUUCGGGUGCCAUGUCCACUUUCUGGCAACGGCUUUUGCGCAGGACAGUCCACAGAGAGCCAAACCCCUUCUAUGCUCCUCUCGACUAUGGUCGCGCAUACGAAGAUGUUGAUCCAAGGAAGAUGGCCAAGGAAGUGGUAUCAGCUACAGAGAGGCGUAAGAAGGCUCAACGAGAGUACUUGCGAAAUCACCCUGAGUACAACGUCUCGUUGUUCCUGUUCAGACCUAGCAAUCCCAUCCGGAGGCUCUGUCAGCGAGUUGUGGGACCCGGUCGUGGCGGCGAUCGCAUUGAGGGGUUAGCCCCCUCGGUCCCAAUCUGGUAUGCGUUCUCGGCAUUUGUAUACGCUGCGAUCAUCGCCAUGGUGCUGCUGGCCUGUAUCACUACGCCCCUGUAUCAGCGCGAAUACUUCACGACCCACGAAUUCAGUGUCAGGAACUGGUUCGUUUGGACCGAUAUGGGCUUCGCCAUUCUAUUCACUUUCGAAGCGCUCGUCAAAGUAAUCGCUGAUGGCUUCUUCUGGACGCCCAAUGCCUACUUCCGUGGCUCAUGGGGCUUCAUCGAUGGUGUUGUGUUGGUCACACUGUGGGUCAAUGUCGCCACAUCGCUACUGAACGAGGGACAAAUCACGAGAACGGUCGGUGCGUUCAAGGCUCUCCGGGCGCUUCGACUACUCAACGUCAGCGACAGCACCCGCGAUCACUUCCAUUCACUUAUAGUGCGGGGAUGGUGGAAGCUCUUCUCGGCUGCAUUCGUGUCUCUCAGCCUGCUGAUCCCGUUCGCCAUUUACGGACUGAAUCUCUUCAUUGGACAAUUUCAGACCUGUAACGACGAUGACUUCGGCUCCACCAACCUGAAAGAUUGCGUCGGAGAGUACAACAGCUCGCCAUUCGACUGGGACGUUCUCGCACCGCGCCAAGCUGCCAAUCCGUACUUCGACUUCGACAACUUUGGCAACUCACUGUUCAUUCUCUUCCAGAUUGUAUCUCAGGAAGGCUGGACAGACGUAUUAUUCGCAAGUAUGGCUAUAACCGGUAUCAACACCCAGCCCGAGGACUUCAACCGCAGGGGCAAUGGCGUGUUCUUCAUCAUCUUUAACUUGCUCGGUGCGGUCUUUGUUCUGACGCUCUUCAUCUCUGUAUUCAUGCGCAACUACACGGAACAAACUGGAGUAGCUUUCCUUACCACAGACCAACGUUCUUGGCUGGAAUUGCGCAAGCUACUUCGACAAGUCUCACCCUCGAAGCGCCCUUCUUCCACAAGACAGCGUGAGUCUUGGGAAGAAUGGUGUUAUCAUCGCGCUGUUCGCAAGACUGGCAACUGGCAACGUUUCAUCACUGGAGUGCUGCUCCUUCAUCUGCUUCUGCUUUGUUUGGAAUGGUAUCCAGGCUACGGAGCAUGGGACCACACAAGAGACUACAUCUUCCUCGCGCUGACUUGUGUGUUCAUUUCCAAUGUGGUCAUUCGCAUUAUUGGUCUCACAUGGCACCGUUUUCGCAGAGGCUCCUGGGAUGUUUAUUCCAUUUUCUCCGUCUCCGGUACAUUUGUGACUUCCAUUCUAAUCCUUGCCAAGCGCGAGGAGAGAGUGUUCAUUCAACUGCACAAGCUGUUUUUGGUGUCCAUCGCGCUCAUGCUCAUUCCUCGCAACAACCAGCUCGACCAGCUCUUCAAGACCGCAGCGGCAAGUCUGGCGGCAAUCGCGAACUUGCUUGCUACAUGGUUUGUUCUAUUCCUUGUCUACUCUAUCGCCCUCACACAAACGUUCGGUCUCACCCGAUUUGGUGCGAACGAGACUGCCAACCAGAACUUUCGAACAGUGCCCAAAGCACUCAUCUUCCUAUUCUCCAUGAGUAUGGGUGAGGGCUGGAACGAGCUCAUGGAAGACUACGCCAACGUCGAUAAGCCAUACUGCACAGAAGGCGAACUGUACUUCGAAAGCGACUGUGGUAGUCCUGAGUGGGCGCGAGCGCUCUUCAUCAGCUGGAAUAUCCUCAGCAUGUACAUUUUUGUCAACCUUUUCGUGUCGUUAAUCUACGAAAGUUUUAGUUACGUCUACCAGCGGAGCAGUGGGCUAUCUGUCAUCAGCCGCGAAGAGGUCAGACGAUUCAAGCAAGCCUGGGCUGAGUUCGAUCCUAACGGGACCGGCUAUAUCUCAAGGGACGUCUUUCCGAGACUUUUGGGUGAACUUUCUGGAGUUUUUGAGAUGCGAAUUUACGAUGGUGACUUCACCGUUGGCAGACUGAUCGAAGAGUGUGCGACAACAUCGCGUCGUGCAUCGAAUCUCAACCUCGGAGGGCGCGAGCAAUCACCUGAUAUCGACAUUGACAAACUCAACCGCUGCCUUGCACAACUCCCCGUUCUGGAGAUACGUCGCAGGAGGGCGCGCAUGAACACUUUUUAUGAGGAGGUGCUUGUGUCGAGUGAUCCAGACAGAGGUAUUCAGUUCAGUUCUUUGCUAAUGAUCUUGGCACAUCACAAGGUCAUCAACGACAACAAGAGCUUGAGACUUGAAGAAUUCUUGCGACGCAGAGCUCGCUUGCAGCGUGUGGAAGAAGCUGUCAGACGCAAUGUCGUUGUUGGUUUCUUCGACACUCUGUACUGGGCUCGCCGCUUCCGCCGCGCGAUGGAGCAAAAGAAGCAGGGCCGUAUGGCAACCAUGCCAACGUUCAACGUGCCCGAGAUUUUCGUCGACGACGAAGACAUCACAGACGCACAGCGUGGAGAGCAAUCUCGCGCAGGAUCCCCAUUGUUCUCGCCGGCAGAUCUGCACGCAGGUGACCGACUAUCUGGAGGCAGUGUCCGUUCGAUUCCAAGCCUGGACACAUCGAUGCGCAGUCGGUCGAACUCGAUCCAAAUGACGCCGACCGGCUCGCCUACACGAGGAGGUCCGCUAUCACCGGCAUCUCCCCGAGGAUCAGCAUCACCCUUCUCGCCACCUGCUGAUGCCGACUGGCAUUUUGCAUCAGCUCUAUCACUCAGUCGACCGCCCAGCCCACUCGACGAGCAACUUGCACCAACAGACACCCGCAGCAGGGCCAACAGCGCUGUCAGCGCAGCAGACGUCCUGGAGGUUCUGGACAGCUCUGCGUGGGGUGAGAGUAUCCGUAGAAGCUUCACCACGCGACGACCUGGGCAGUGA